AGUGCGGAGGAGGUGCCGCUCCCCGACUUCGUGGCCCACGAAGGGGUGGAGGUCAGGGGCGGGCUCCCCAUCGCCUGCGCUUCUCGCCCUGACGGCUCAGCCCCGCUACCACGGGAGCCAUCGCCAUGGAGACCCCCGAGGCUAUAAAGCCAGGUACCCCCGGCGGGCGGUGGCUCCCGCGCCUCUGAGCCCCCCAAGGAAGGAGCAAGCGCCCUGGCGUGGCCCGGCCCCCGCUCGAGGGGAGGAGGCGGAGGAGCUUGACGAGCGGCGCUCCCCGCCGGGGCUGGAGGCAGGCGCGCACGGCGGACGCCACCGUCUCAGCAGGGGUGCGGGUGCGGGGCCCGGCUCCGAGCCAUGCGGGACUGACAGGCGCCAGACGUGGGGGAAAGCGACGGGACCACCAGGAGGUGGGGGGCUCCCCCCACCCAGCUUCGGCUUCCGUCGUCUCCGGGGCGCGCCGGGCGCCGAGCUCCCGGUCGCGAGAAGCCGACACCUCCAGGCGGGCAGCCCGAGGAAGGAGCGGCGAGCCACCGGGCUCGCGGCCCGGGAGCGGCGGGGCAGCUGGAGCCGCACGGGUACGAGAGUGGGCCGCCCGGGACCCUGGGCCGCUGCCGCCCACGUGCCGAGGGAGCCGCACCUGAGCACCCGCGGCGGCCGGAGCCGGGUGGGGUGCGGGAACAGGGGCGCCCCCGUGCGGAGCUGCCGGGCCGCCUGGGCGCGGCGGCCGGGGCCAUGCUCAAGCCCAAGGACCUGUGCCCCCGCGCGGGGACGCGCACCUUCCUGGAGGCCAUGCAGGCGGGCAAAGUGCACCUGGCCCGCUUCGUGCUGGACGCGUUGGACCGCAGCAUCAUCGACUGCCGCGCGGAGCAGGGCCGCACGCCGCUCAUGGUGGCCGUGGGGCUGCCGGACCCCGCGCUGCGCGCGCGCUUCGUGCGGCUCCUGCUGGAACAGGGCGCGGCCGUGAACCUGCGGGACGAACGCGGCCGCACGGCGCUCAGCCUGGCGUGCGAGCGCGGCCACCUGGACGCCGUGCAGCUCCUGGUGCAGUUCAGCGGCGACCCCGAAGCGGCCGACUCGGCGGGCAACAGCCCGGUGAUGUGGGCGGCGGCGUGCGGCCACGGGGCGGUCCUCGAGUUCCUGGUGCGCUCUUUCCGCCGCCUCGGGCUGCGCCUCGACCGCACCAACCGCGCGGGCCUCACGGCGCUGCAGCUGGCCGCCUCCCGCGGCCACGGGACCUGCGUGCAGGCGCUCACCGGGCCCUGGGGCCGCGCGGCUGCGGCGGCCGCGGCCCGGGGCUCCAACUCCGACAGCCCCCCUGGCCGCCCGGCUCCCGCGCCCAGCCCCGAGCGCCGACGACCCAGUCCCCGCCGCCUGCCGCGACCUCUCCUGGCGCGCUUUGCGCGAGCGGCCGGCGGCCACGGCCACGGCCACGGCGGCGACGCCGGCUCGGGGGGCAAGAGCUCCGGACGACACCGGGCGCAGGGCGGCGAGCGCCCCGAGCUGGGCCGGAGCAUGAGCCUGGCACUGGGCGCCGUGACCGAGGAGGAGGCGGCCCGACUGCGGGCGGGAGCCCUGCUGGCCCAUCCCAACUCGCCCCAGGGCUCCGGGAGGUGGCGUUCGCAUGAGGUGCUAGAGGGUUUGCCCCCAACCUUAGCGCAAGCCCCUAUCGGCCUUAGCCCCCACCCCGAGGGCGGCUCUGGCUGCGGCCGCUUGGGUUUGCGCCGACGUUCCACCGCCCCAGACAUCCCCAGCCUGGUGGGUGAUGCACCCAGCUCGGAAGGCGGCCCCGAGGCGGAGGCCAACGCUCUACCCGAGCCGGCGGCGCCGGGGCAGUUGCAGGAGGGCACGGAGGCCGUAGUGCCGCACGCUCAGCGGUAAAUGGCGUGGACACCCGGCGCUGCAACCCAUCACCCUCCAGCCGCUGCCCCGCUGGGGUUUCUCUUCCAGGCCCCUCGACUCUUGUGGCAGUUCCCCACCAGUCAGCCCAGAACCUGCCCCACUGCCAAGGCAGGAGGCCUUCUCUCUGAAAGGGAGCCCUGUCACUUCUUUUUGUGUUUGUGUGUGCUUGUCGUAUCCUCCGCUAUCUCUGCCUUUCCUUUCCCGGAAGGCGAGCACUAGAACGCUGGUUCCACAGGCUAUAGCUUUUUUUUUUUUUUUAAGCUUGGAAGCUAGACGCCCCCCCACUCCUAAACCCGUACCUUCAGCCCUAGGACUCAGCCCUGAGUCCUGCUGGCUCCUGCCUGGUUCCCUUCCCAGGGCAGGCAGAAGGGGGAACAAAAAGCCUUGGCACCUCCUGUUUUGUAGCCCAGACCUAAGUCAGUUUCCUGUUCGUGUUGGAGACAGGGAACGUAGACACCAGUCUCAGAGCCUUUCUCAACAGGAGGGCUGAUGGGGAAAAGAAAUGGAGAUUUAAGGUUUUUUUUUUUUUUUUUUUUUUGCUUGUUUGGUUAUUUGGAGGGGGGGUGUUGAGAAACUCCUGCCUCAAGACAAUGAAAGCGUAUUUGAGGGAUGGAGGUGACAGAGCCCCUGGUGUUGAAUUCCAGUAGUCCCAAGAAUAAGGUUCUGGAUAAUUCCAGGUCCAUCUGCCUCUGCCGAGGUCCACCCAGAAUUCAACUCCUACUUCACAGGUGAUGUGUGGUGAUGGUCCAGGUCAAUCCAACCUCGGUGGCCUGGGCCAGCCUGGGCUGGGCUGUGUUCAGGGCUGUGUUCAGUUGCUAAGGCCUCCAGCCCCUUUCCAUCCCGGAUCCUCUCACUCCCAAGAGGCCUGAAAUGGAAAGGACUUAGCACUCUCCCACCCCCACCGCCUCCCAAGCUCCUGGUCCCGCACGUGGGUGCUCCUGCAGGGUGGAACGCUUGCGAAGGUUUUGCUUAAUUGUAUUCUUCCAGUGCUCAAAGAGCUCGUGUAUUGAGUCUUUGUAUGGGAAGCAGAAAGCUGCAGGUCUGAUCCGAGGCUUAAGAACCUGACAAUGUCUCUUUAAAUAGAAGCUCCGCGAGGGGGAUAAUUGACUGAAGUGUUUGCCACGUUAAGCGGCGGCUCGGCUCGCUAGCGGGAGUCGGGAGCCCACACGAGCCGCAGGUCCCGGUUUAAAUUACAUCGCGCUCGGGAGAGAGCCGGGAGGGGGGCUGGCAAAGGCUCCUGCUCCUCGCUGGGCCGCUAAUGGAGGGCAGGGCGGAUGAUGGACGCUGGAGGUGGAGACCCAGGACCCCUGCUCGGCCGCGCGCCCGGACCGGGCCGGCCCCGUCUUCAUUAACGGGGGCGAUUAGUGAGUCAGAGGCCACCCCGCCGAGGUGGUUAAGGGCCAUUUGCGCAGCCCGGCCCUCGGGCCCCUCCCGCCCUGCCCGGGGCACUCGUCUCUGUCCAUCCGGCAGAGACUGUAGAGGCGGCCUUGCGGAGUCAGCGCCUGCCCCGGGCCCCGCGGAAGCGCCGGCAGCUCCGGCCCCGCGUCCCGCGCUGCUUUCGUGCACCCGGUGGUGGGGCGGGGCGAGCCAGCAGCCCCUCGCCCACCAGGGCCUGCAUCUUUGCUUAGACGUUCAUCUAAUCGUCUUUGCAAGAGAGGACGGCUUCUCACCACUAAGCGCACUGCCCAGAGCCGCACUCCCCAAAGAAAUCGGUCCUGGCGCCGAGAAACGGAGCCUGGGUGGUGAGGAAUGGGUCUCCUUUAGUUUGGGGUUAGGCAUGUCACUCUCUGCCCCAUCCUUCCACCUGGUCCAGCUCCCGAAGGGUCCUACCCCACCCCACCCCAUACUGGACGUGAUCUCUGGUGCCCCCUGGUGGCAGAGCGGCACUGUUUCCGCUGCGCGCGAACUCCGAGUUAAGAUGCUGCGUUUUCUGUGGGAUCACCGCUGUGUGCUUCUCCCUCCGUGUACAUUUACCCCCCCCCCCACCGCAAUCUUCUUCCUUUUGUAGUCUAUUAAAUCCGGAUACUUGAAGUCA